AUGCGUGAGGAUUGUUCCUAUUUCACAGAUGAUACCUUCCAGUUUCUUCAUGAUUCUGUCAUAAUCAUAGUUCCCUUGGUCGGUAUGACUGCAUUACUAGCCAUUAUGGCAGCAACAGGCUGCUGCAAGAAACUCUGCUCUAACGAUGGCACAAAAUCAAGUCAGGGAUCUCGUGGAAUUGAAGCAGGAGAAGAUAGUCGAAAGUUCAUCGAAGAAGGCGCUCCAUUGACGAGUGAAGAAAGGAGUCCUUAG